AUGGCCACGAUGCAAUCUGUCGGCAUCACGGGCUUCUCCGACCCGUCAGGAUACAAGUUACUCUCCCUUCCGAAACCAGAGGUCAGCGACCCAAAAGACGUCGUUGUUCAGGUUCACGCCGCGAGCAUCAAUCCCAUUGAUGUAAAGAAAGCGGCCGGUGCCAUGAAAAUGGUGCUCAAAGACAAAUUCCCAUAUCAAAUCGGCUACGACUGCGCCGGCAUCGUACAAGCAGUAGGCCAAGAUGUCACGCGUGUUAAAGUCGGAGAUGAGGUAUACAUCAGACUACCUGAAUCUCAUCGAGGAGCAUGGAGCCAGUUUGCCAAAUGUCCCGAAAGUUACGUAGCACUCAAGCCUGCUUCAUUAUCCUUUGACGCCGCAGCCUCACUUCCUCUCGCUGCAAUGACGGCCUUCCAAGCCCUCAACAAGUACAAGGGGUCAUUAGUCGGAAAGACUGUCUUUGUCCCUGCUGGCCUAAGUGGAACGGGCUCCUACGCCUGCCAACUAGCCAAGAAUGUAUUCGGAGCAGGCAAAGUCAUCACCACGGUAUCUACAUCCAAGGUCCCCAAAGUACCAGAACUCCUUGGCGACGGCGUAGUCGACGAGAUCAUCGACUACACCAAAACAAAUCCAGCCGACACCAUCCCCCCCAAGUCAGUAGACUUCAUGCUCGACACCACCGGCCAGUCAAUGGAGUUCCUCAGCCGCAUGGUCCCGGAAACAAGUCUCAUCAUUUCCAUCUCCACCACCCCCUCUGGAAAACAGAUGCAGGACGCCGCGGUGGUCAAGUCUGCCAACUCUGCCAAGAUUCCCUUUGUGGCAUCUACCAUUCUGAAUACCUUGGAUUCCGUGCGCAAGUGGCGUGCGAAGCGGUGGUCCGUCAACUACGAGUACAUGUUUCUGGAUCCGAGUGGUGCGGACUUGGAUGUGCUGCGUCGCCAUGUUGAUGAGGGGAAGUUGAGACCGGUUGUGGGAUUGACGGUCAAGUUGGAGGAUAUUGAGGCGGUUAAGAAGGCUGCUAUGACUUCGUAUCAGGGGAAGGGGGGCGUUGGCAAGACUGUCAUCAUAGUGGAUGUCAACUGA